UAUCGAUAAUUGUAUAUAAAAAUAAAUUGCAUUUUAAUAAAGUAUUCAUGGAGAUAGGGCAUCGUACAAUUUCAUGAUCGCGAUCAAAUGAAAAUUAAAAAAAAUAUUUUGAUUUGACGUUUGCGUAACCUAACAUUCCAAUAUGCCUUACGAAUACUACAGGAGUGAAAUAUCUCAUUCACAAGAAUAUUUGAGUUUUAGGAGUAGUAUUCCUUUGAGGAAGAUUGUUGUCGACCCAGAAGGGAAAAAGGCUUGGAAAAUAUAUGAUUCGGGACCAAAAAGUGUUCAAACACCUCUAAUAUGUCUGCCACCAGUAUCGGGUACAGCUGACAUCUUUUUUAAACAAAUUAUGGCUAUGCAAGCUAGAAGUGUCCGAGUAAUAUCUGCUGAAGCACCACCGUACUGGACUGUUAGAGAUUGGUGUGAUGGAUUCAAACGUCUUCUUGAUCACUUGAAUAUUCAGAAAGCCCACUUAUUUGGAGCUUCUUUAGGAGGAUUUUUGGCACAAAAAUUUACAGAACAAACUUUAAACUGCCCGCGUGUAGCAUCAUUAAUUUUAUGUAAUACAUUUACUGAUACAACAGUAUUUAAUUACACUGAUACUGCAGCACUAUUUUGGUUAUUGCCAUCUAUGGUGCUUAAAAAAAUGGUGAUCGGAAAUUUUUCUACUAGCACUUCAGAUCCAUUAAUAGUCAAUGCGAUAGAUUUUAUGGUAGAAAGGCUGGAGUCCCUUACACAAAGUGACUUAGCAUCUAGAUUGACUUUAAAUUGUGUUCCAUGCUGUGUGAAUGCUUAUAAAUUAUCUGUGAUACCUGUUACAAUUAUUGAUGUUUUUGAUGGAUAUGCUCUUAGCAAUCCAGUUCGAGAAGAGCUGUACAAAUGCUAUCCUGAAGCUAAAUUAGCUCAUUUGAAAAAUGGGGGCAACUUUCCAUAUCUUAGCAGAUGCAAUGAAGUCAACUUACACCUUCAGAUACACUUACGACAAUUUGAAAACACCUAUUUGUCAGCAUCUGAAAAGAAUCUUAUUAACCCGCAACACAAUAAAUCAGUUGAAUAUUGAAGUAACUGACAAUAAAGUAAGUAAGAUUUGAUAAAUUGUUACUUUCAUGUGAUUAUAUUAUUGUUAUUUAUAAAUGUUUUAUUGUAAAUUAUUUUAU